UCAUUCUGCUGGAGACUACAACCGUCACUCAUUCUGCUGGAGACUACAUCCGUCACUCAUUCUGCUGGAGACUGGAGAGAACACACACAGACAGCACCAUGAAACAACUGGUCAUAUUUGGGGCUUUAGUUUUUGCUCCAUUCUACAUGGUUCACAGCGAAGUACCAGAACACUGUUUACUACCACAGGAUGUGGGUACAGCUCCAGCCUCAACAGCAGAGGACUUCCAGAUCAUGCUGUAUUAUGACGCAGCUAAAGACCUGUGCUACCCCUUCAAGUACCUGGGGGAGGGUGGCAACGCGAACCGCUUCACCCUGGAGAGGCUCUGUAUGAGGAACUGUUCUGCCAAGGCAGAAGAGAUCUAUCCCGUGGAUGAGUCUAAAGCCUGCCACUUCAAGAAGGCUCUGGGUGAAUGCUUCGGCACCUACCUGCGUUAUUUCUACGACCCCAUCCAUGAGAAGUGUAAGAAGUUUCACUGGACUGGCUGUGUGGGGAACGGAAACAGGUUCAUCGACCAUCAGGCCUGCAACGCCACCUGUGCUGGGAUUCAUGAUGAAGGUAGUGAGGAUGAGGAGGAUGAGCCCGAUACUCCUAUUGCCCUGAUUCUGGGAGUGGUGUUGGGGAUCACGGGAGGAAUCAUUAUUGGAGUCGUUAUUUUCUUGGUGAUACAGAGCAAUAAGAAUCACAAACGUGCACCAAAGAAAGUGAAAGAAGCCAAGAUGGAGACACCACUGCAACAGGAGCCAAUUGAGAUGGCAUAGAGAAGAGAACACAGGAAUGACUGGAAACACCAUAGAAAUGAGAAUGACUAGAGCGCAUGAUCCCAUUCAAGUCCACUUUCCAUUUUAAGUGUACCUAGGCCAGUCAUUGUAUUUCUAGGGGAAACACCAGGCAGGGCCCUCACCUGAAUGGCCCCUCUCAGGUUGAUUUAAUAGAGGAAUGUAGAUCUACAACAAACAACCCUACAAUGUAAUGUCAUGUUUCCAUCAUGUGUUGUUAUCAGAUUAUUCACAAAUCCUUGUUCCUGGGUUGGAGGAGUGGACAAUGAGAGAGUCAUAUGGUAUCUGCCUUCUCCUUCACUAAUGCAGGCAGGGCUAUUUUCCUCAUGGUUAUGUUUAAAAUGACUCUCAAUUAUCUUACAACAUGUAUAAGGCUUUCUGCACUCUCGUCUUUUACAAUAUGACUUCUGUGUUUAUUUCAGGUAUAUUUGGUAGCUGCUCACAUCACCUCCACGGGGCACUAUUGUUUAUUAAUUAGAUUAUGCCAUUGUGUGCUUUUACUGAACUCCUCAGUGGGCAAACAGGGUUCUUCUGAUAUUCCCUUAGUACUUCAUGUGGAAUGUGUGUUUUAUUUUACGUGCUUCAUUCUGUUUAUGUUUGGUCUGUAUCAACAUUCACAUUGGUUUUGUUCCAACUACUGAGAAGGAACCAAAACACUGUUUAAAAAUAUAUGUGUAUUAUGGGACAGGUUUUACCCACAGAAAUAGAAUGAAUAGAACUGUCAUCCCCAUUCAAGUAAAUUGUGCCAUUAUGGGACUGAGAUGAUGUCAUCCUCCUGGACUGGCAGCCAUUUUGAGUGUACCCAUAAGGAGCAAAGCAGGAAGUAAAAGCAGGAAGUUAAAAAAAGCAGGAAGUAAAUAAAAGCAGCGAGUCAAUCUGUGCUGUGAUGUUGUUGUUGUGAAAUUCCAUAUACAUUUUGAAGGAUACAUAUUCAAAUGUGUUACAAAAAUAAAUGAAUACAGAUAAACACAAAAA